UGACAUUCGGUGUCACAGAGACAGAUACUUCCACUGAGAGGACAGAUGGGUUACUUCUUGUACUUCUCCGCUGAGACAUGGACUCUGCUGGUUGCCUUUGUCACACUCCUCCUUGUGUAUGCCUACUGGCCUUAUGGAACUUUCAAGAAAUUAGGUAUCUCUGGUCCUAAACCUGUCCCAUUUUUUGGGACAAUGCUGAAUUAUCGAAGGGGGUUCUUCAACUUCGAUCAAGAGUGCUAUAGGAAAUAUGGGAAAAUAUGGGGUAUUUACGAUGGCCGCCAGCCCGUGUUGUGUGUUGCAGAUCCUGAAAUCAUAAAGGCCAUUCUGGUUAAGGAAUGCUACUCUUUCUUCACCAACCGCAGAAAUUUUCAUCUAGAUGGGCCCCUGUAUGAUUCCCUGUUCAAUGCUGAAGAUGACCAAUGGAAAAGGAUCCGUAGUGUCUUGUCUCCUUCCUUCACCUCUGGGAGACUGAAGGAGAUGUUUGAAGUCAUGAAGAGUCAUUCUGCUAACCUGAUCCGCAGCAUGAAGAAAAAGGCAGACAAGGGAGAAGCAUUAGAACUGAAGGAAUUCUUUGGAUCAUACAGCAUGGACGUCGUAACCAGUACAGCCUUCAGUGUAGAUAUAGAUUCACUGAACAACCCUUCAGACCCAUUUGUGACAAACAUCAAGAAGAUGCUGAAGUUUGACUUUUUAAACCCCCUCUUCCUUGCUGUUGCUUUCUUCCCCUUCCUCGGCCCCAUAUUUGAAAAGUUAGAAUUUUCUUUUUUCCCCAAAUCUGUGACCGACUUCUUUUUUGCUUCUCUGGAGAAGAUUAAGUCAAACCGUGAAACCAGCCAGCAGAAGAGUCGAGUAGAUUUUCUCCAACUAAUGAUUGAUUCUCAAAAGAACAAUGGGUUGCAAACGGACAAAAGUGAGACGUACUUCAAACACUCACAAUAUCACACAGCUACACAUCUUACUAUUAUGAACCAUGUUGUAUUUUCUGCAGGAUUAAGUGACCAUGAGAUCCUUUCUCAAUCCAUGAUUUUCAUUUUUGCUGGUUAUGAAACAAGCAGCAGUUCUCUCUCUUUCUUGGCUUACAAUCUGGCCACGAACCCAGAGGUCAUGAGAAAGCUCCAGGAGGAGAUUGAUUCCACCUUCCCCAACAAGGCUCCUGUUCAGUAUCAGCCUCUGAUGGAGAUGGACUACUUGGACAGUGUCAUCAAUGAGUCUCUCCGCUUGUUCCCCAUUGCCGCACGUUUGGAGCGUGUGGCCAAAGCAUCUGUGGAGAUAAAUGGCCUUGUGAUUCCAAAAGACAUGGUUAUCCUGGUCCCCACAUGGCCCCUGCACCGGGACCCUGAGAUAUGGCCAGAACCAGAGAAAUUCAAACCUGAGAGAUUCAGCAAGAAAAACAAGGAGGACAUUGAUCCAUACACAUACAUGCCUUUUGGGUUAGGGCCAAGGAACUGCAUUGGGAUGAGGUUUGCUCUAGUGGUGAUGAAACUGGCAGUGGUGGAGAUCCUGCAGCAGUACAGCUUCUCUGUGUGUAGAGAGACUGAGAUCCCAUUUGAGAUGGAUGUCCAGGGUUUGCUGGCACCCAAAAGACCCAUCCAGCUGAAGCUGAUCCCUCGAUCCUAACCUUCCAGCUGAAGAAAUAUUUUUAAAUCAAAUUGUGAAGUUUAUUUUGGGAAGUUUAUGUAACUUUCCUAUAGAUUAAAGUUUUGUAUAAUAAUAUAUCAAACUGAUAUAGCAAUUUUUAGAGUAUGCUAACAAGACUAAAUGAAUUAUCUUUAAUGCCUGUCCCUAUUUCUUUAUAUGUCAUGAUGUAUAUUGUUGAGUGGACUCAAAAGCACCAGAUAUGGGAAUUUGAGUUGAUAACAAGACAAACCAGCAAAUAGUGACUGACAAUGAAUAACUUAAAUACUCAGAGGUUUAAUACUGGAACAAAGGAACUGGGCUGAUUGCUAAAGGGUUGCAGGUGUGAGUGAAGGGAGCAGGAGUCCGUCUGAGGAGAGGGAGAGAGACAUGGCACAGGGGGCGAGGUAGAGUACACAGGGGACUAGAUAAACAAAAGACACAAAGAUUUAAAAGAAAAAGGACAUAAACUAGACUCAGUAAGGAAGAACUGAAGUGGAAAUGGAAAAGAUGUAGAAGUAAUAAAAACGACUACAGAAAAAAAAAAGACAAAAGACAAAACCAAACUCAAACAACCCCA